UAAAGAGUUGGUUCUGUGGGAGAAAAGACAGACACGCCUAGAGGUUGAUACUUGAUAGCGCAUUUUGCUCCCACAUACCGAACACCAGAGGAGCAGGUUAGAGAAGAGAAAGACACCGUAUUCUAAAUAUGGUGGGCAUGUUUGGAGUGUUCAACAUUUGGCAAAGACUUAAAACACUGUAUGGGGGCUACAUUAGGAAAUAUCAAUAAUUUGAAGGUUGUGGAUGACAUGCCAAAGUAAGUGAUCGAUUUUUGGUUCUUUUUCUGUGUGUGUGUGUGUGUGUGUGUGUGUGUGUGUGUGUGUGUGUGUGUGUAGGGGGGAGUUGUGUGUUUGGUUGGUUGGUUUUUGGUUUUGUUUCUUUUGUUUUGGGACAGAUAUUGAAGAAUAAGUGGAAAGUAAUGUGGGAAAAUGAUAGAAAUAAUUUGAGAAACGAUUCCUUCAGUCCCAUGCCCUCAGUUCUUUGAGGAUAUGUGUUCCAUGCCUAAAUCCAUACCCUGUGUGUGUGGUCCCAUGCUCCGAGGUCCUUCCCCCCAGACCUCAGUGGAGAGUGCCUCUUCCCCAUUGACUCUGGAUUAUAUCAUAAAGACAUAAAACUUCCUUGACAAAGAACAUGUUUAUUUUUAAAGCUCCAAUUUGAAGUCAUACCACCAUUUGAAAAAAAAAGUUCAAUCUUUAAAAAAAAAUUUGCCCAGAAUCUGAAGAGAUAAACUGAGGAUAUUCCUCUAUCAAAUUAAAAGAAUAGAGCAGUCAACUAUAAAAUAUGCAUAGGCAUCAUGGUGCAAUAUGUUCUGUAUCAGUGGAUCUCAAGAUUUGAGGACCCUGAAUAGUUUUAUAUGGUUGUAUAUAUUUCAUCCUUACCAGGGACGAAAGUGAAGCAAGUUACUCUACCUCUAAGGAAACUUGAUGCUUUGUUUUCAAAAUAAAUAUCCCUUUGUUGGAUUCAGAAAAUGAUUGAAUGUUUCCUGCAAACACUCACAGGUCAGUCAGGCAGGCAUGGAGUGUCUGAGCCCUCCGACCCUGUUCUGCCAGUAACUGGAGACAGAACUGGGACUGCAGUGAAGAAGUCAUGUGUUUGCUGCCAGGUCUAUCCCACAAUGCUUCUCCUUCAUAGGUCUCUAGGGGGUUACACUUGGAUUCUGCUAUGUCACUCAUGGCCUGCCUGGAGUCUCAGAGUUUUAAAUUGCUCAGCGUCCCUACCGUGGUGGGAAGGAGCUGAGCUCUCCUGCUGACGAGGGCCGGGAUGGAAGGGUGGUUUGUUUGUUUGUUUGUUUGUUUGUUGUUUGUUGUUUUGCUCUUGGGCAUCGUAGAGCUGCCUGGAUACUGAAAAAUAGGUAGAAAUGAAUGUAGGGAAAAUGGUAGAAAUAAUGUGGGUGGGGUACCCCUGAGGGAGGAGCUGAUUUACAGUCACCACCACCUUUCUCAAGAUGGGGUUACAACACCAUACCCUAAAUCAUCCUCCUCCAAGACUAUAGCCAGUCUACUUGCUACCAUUCUUCUUCACCCGGGGUUCCGGGCCCCCGACCCACUCCAGCUUCAUUUGUACUGAACCCAAACUCCAAGUACACUAUAUAUCCUCCCGUUUAUUUUUAGAAUUUAAAAAUUUUUAUAAGUGUUUGCAUAAAUGUAUUGUAUAUACACCACAUAUAUGUCUGGUGCCCACUGAAGUCAAAAGCGGACAUGAAGUCCCCUGGAACUGGCGUUGCAAACGGUCGUGACCUUCCAUGAGAGUGGUGGGAACGGACAGAUCCUAGGUCCUCUGCAAGAGCAAUAAGUGGCCUUAACUGUUGAGCCAUCUCUCCGGCUCUAUUCUUCCUAAGAAUAUGCAAAUUAAGUAAGAUAAAGGUUCCACACUGUGUAGUGGGGACUGGCAAGAUGGCUUAGCCCAUUAAGGCACCUGCCACCAAGCCUGAAGAACUGAGUUCAAUCCUUGGAACCCAUUUGGCAGGAAAGAAAUGGCUUCCACUACUGGCCCUCUGACUCCACAUGCAUGCCCAUGGGAUCUCUGUUCGUCAUGCACAAAUAAAUAUAUACAACGUAGAAAAUGUUGUUCAGUAGUUUGGCCAGUUUAUGGUUAUACUUGUGUUUUACCUGUUUAGCUCAUCACAUGCCCUACCUCCCAUCUGAUCUUCUCUGGUCGGUCUAAUCCUUGGCCUCUAAUUCAGCCAGCUCUAUCAGUUACAUCUCUCAGCUGGAUCUCCUAGUGAACAAAGUGUCCGUGUAAAUGUCCUUAGGUUAAACAGUAACCAGAACUGAAGGAUGUCCUAUACUAGAUUUGGUAGGCACACCUCUAGCAGCCAUAGAAGGACAGGGUUGCUUCUGUUCUCAGAACGAUAAGUUCUCAACUUUUAACAGCACAUACUUUUGAGUGUUCCAGUUUUUUCCUUCUGUUUUGGGUAGACUUUACUCUUUUAAAGAUAUUAUUCAAAUGUGGUAUGUCCAACAGACCUGGUUUGGUCCUCACCUUUCCAUGUAAGGAAACUGAAGUCAGUGAGCCUCAAAU